CUUGACCGACUUUUGACUUGGUGAUACAAUCCAUUUCUCUCCCCCGACUGUGGUGCGACACCACCAUCACGACACACGCCCUCUCCUUAUUUCGACUACGAUCCAUCUCAACCGACCCGGUCGUCUCUCGGAGCUCCCUUGCUCUGCUGGGCUCUGUCGCUAGGAAGUAGAGAAAGGAAAGGACACAACCCCACCAAGCUUGGUUGGCAAUGUUAGCAUCAAUCCCCCAGAUGGACACGGUGCGAUCGCUCCCCCGGAAUCCGGACAUGGUUACGCGGCAUCCAUCGGCGGAGGACUUGGACGCUGCCCAGCAGUUGAUCUCGUCCGCUCAGGCUGGUCGGGAACACCUCAUCGACCGCAGCCGCGAGGAUGAGGCCUCUCGAGCUUUCGACGUCAGACACACUCCAUCUCCUUACGAUUCAGACCGGACCAUGCAAGGUUCAGCGAUGCCAUCGUCUGAACCGGGUUCCAUCCCUCUCUCCGAGAAGUCCUCACCCAAGUCGCAGAAGGACACGUCCUUUCUGGGACAUUCUUGCAGUAAUUGUGGAACAAAGAGCACCCCGCUAUGGCGACGAUCACCGACCGGCGCGAUGAUUUGCAAUGCCUGCGGUCUCUAUUUGAAAGCCCGAAAUGUCGCUCGCCCCACGAAGCGGAAUCGCGUCCAAACAAACCCCGAGCCUGCUCAGCCCCAGCCGAUACCGCAGCCGCAGCAGCAGCAACAACAGCAACAACAACAACAACAACAACAACAGCAACAGCAACAGCAACAGCCCCCGGUGAUCCCCCACCAACACGAAGCCUCCCCUCCACAUGAAGGAGGAUGCCACGGCUCCAAAGGAUCUUGUCCCGGUGGGGGGAAUUGCAACGGCACCGGCGGUGCUGAGGGGUGCGACGGGUGCCCGGCCUACAACAACCGGGUGUACAAGUCGACUGCCCGGGGGACGGUGCCAGUGCACGCGUGGAAUCGGGCGCCCCUUCCAGAGGUCGAAAAGCCGCUGCCCGUCCCGGAAUCGGACGUGGCCGGGAAGAAUCCUGUGCCGGCCGAAGGAAAUCUGCUGGUGUCGUGUCAGAAUUGCUCGACGACGGUGACCCCGCUUUGGAGGCGGGACGAAAAUGGUCAUCCCAUCUGCAAUGCGUGUGGCCUGUAUUACAAGCUCCACGGGUGCUAUCGCCCCACCACCAUGAAAAAGACCAUCAUCAAGCGGCGGAAACGCGUCGUGCCCGCGCUGCGAGAACACUCCCCGACCGCGGCCACACACUCGUCCAACGGCUCUUCUGCCUCCCCCGAAGCCUCCCCCGCCACGCUCGCUCACGUCCACGACGACCACUACCGUUACUACAGCGCGGAGCCGAUGGAACAUUUUCCCAUGGUGUCUGGUGACAGAAUCUCACCGGCCGCGCCGAGGCAGUUUGGCUUCGCACCUCCGCCUGUUGAUUUUACCGGUUUUAGCUCUGGACCCGUCUCUCUGCCGCAUCACCCCCCACCACCGAGGCUGUUGGAGCCGGAUCGUAUCAACGCCCCGAGCCACUCUCCGGUGUCUCAGUUUGGCCGGCGGUCCCUCUCGCCGAAUCCAUCGGGCAAUCCCAAGAAACGCACACUGGCAGAGACCGCGUCAUCGGCCGAGGCUUUGUCGAUUCCGACGACGCUGGAGAACGGGUCCAACCAACUUCCCCCUAUCAUGUCGUCCAUCAAUCCCUCUCCUCCUGCCCGCCUCAGCUCGAUCUCCUCCCUCCUCAACCCCAACAACCACAGCGAAUCGCGCUUGGAUCCCUCGUUGGCUGCUCUUAGCCGUCAGCACCACCCGCCUCACCCUCCCCACCCCUCUCACCAAGCCCCUCCACUUGCCCCUCCGCCCUCACAGCCGUUGCCCGGCGUGUCCGAGCUGGAUGGUCUUCGCGAUGAGCGUCGCCUGAAGUUGCAGCGGGAAGCCGAAGAGAUGCGCGAAAUGCUGCGUGCGAAGGAGCGAGAACUGGCGGAGCUGGGACAGCAAUGAUCAUUCAUGGGUUCAAAUUGUCUGGAAUUGAUGCACUUUGUUGUUUCUAUCUAACCUUGCCUACCUACCUACUACCUACCUACCUCCCUACCUCUUUUUCUCCGACCAUACAUUUGGCGCAGAGCUCUUUCUGACAAGAUACCAAUUUUCAACAACGAUGAGUUUUUCACUGGACUUGUGUCAUAUUUUAUUCAUUUAUUUUAUUUUUCAAGGGAAAAAAAAAGUUCUUUACUUUCUCCUAGUACUG